CACAGCUGAUCGCAUAGGGGACAUGUACACUGAUCGUCAGGGCACUGAUGAUCAGUGUGCCCUGAUGAUCAGUGUAGCCCCAGCGGUGCCACCUGCCAGUGCCCAUCAAUGCCACCUGCCAGUGCCCAUCAGUGCCACAUAUCAGUGCCUACCAGUGCACAUCAAUGCCACAUAUCAGUGCCCAUCUGAGCUGCCUUUCAGUGCCACCUAUCAAUGCCAGUCAGUGCCACCUAUCAGUGCCAUAUAUGAGUGCUGCCUUCAGUGCCCAUCAGUGAUGCCUGUCAAUGCCCAUCAGUGCCUCCUCAUCAGUGCCACCUAUCAGUGCCCAUCACUACAGCCUCAUUAACGCACAUCAGUGA